GACCGGGGAUAGAGAAUGAGGUUGUUGAUGGCUACGUAAGGCGUCUGGAAUGCAGCUCCCCUUAAGUUGAUGUAUUCCGCCUUGCGGUCCUGCUGAGGCGGCUCCUAUAUGCUUAGGUGGUGACGGAUCAGCUUAGUCGUCCUCUUGUUUAGUUCCUGGUACUUCCGGACAUAGGCAACGGAUGUCGCCUUCCCCUCUUCAUCUGCCGUUCCUUCCUAUCACUGUGCCUACGCUUUAACUACGCAAGCCCAGCUCGACAUCACUCAAGUCGGCCCCUCUUCAUCUUCUCCACCACACCAUCACUGCCCGACAAGAAAUAUGGCGGUGAUAUGGGGACUCGACCUGCGCGAGAUACAAUGGGGCAAGUUCAAGAACAGCUACAUGUGGAACAACGAAUACCACAUGCGCCGAACCAAGUUCAUCAUCUACCAGCUGGCCAUGAUCUUCUGCGUUGUGAGCGAGAGUUUGGGCACUGCUGCUCUGUCUGACUACGUCGACCAACAAAAGUUCGUAGCUAAGCAGAACCCCAACGCAACUGUCCACAACAACAAUUUCGUCGGCAUCGCCUCGUUCAACAUCUUUGUCGGCAUCUACGUCGCUACGAUUUUCGGCAGCGCCUUCUUCUUCGACCUCUUCUGGCCAGAGCGCCGCGAGUCGUCAGCUGUCAAACUGGCUUGGAGAAUAUGCUCGAUAAUUGCGUGUGUGCUCACGCUGGCCUGCGCACUAGCAUACACGGACAUUGUGGCCAAGGAGAGUGCAUAUGUAAGCGGAGCAAAUGCUAGAGAAACGCAGAGGUUGCUGGCUCUCUAUGGCGGGAGCCCGAUGAGGUAUAGAGACAAUGGACGGGCAAUUGCUAGUGUGGUGUUUCUGUGGCCGGGCAUGGUCUUUACGUUUGUGAGCACGUACCUCCUCUGGCAUUCACUGGCUCACAUCGACGCCUACGGUCCAAAGUCAGCUCACGCACGCACCCGUGACGACGUCUCGAAGCCCGUUGGCGAGAAGCCGGCGAGCUUAGCAGAGUCGACAACUGAUGGUACUAUGCUCACGCAGCCUGGGCAGACCCACGCAAAGCCCCAGGGCUCCCACGACCGUAACGAGCCAGCAAAUCAGUAUGUUGGUGUAUAACGCAGACAUUACAAGUACCAUGGCCUGUGUUAUCUUUUCGAGAUGAGACCCAGAAGAAGCGUUGAUUAUUGACAUUCACGGGUGGAAACCUCGCUCAGGGAGGGACGCUGCACUAUGAAGGCGCGAUUUCAAUUUUUUCUUGUACACAGCCUAUACCCCAUCAUGGAUUCGGCGCGGAUAGUUAGGGAACCUAAUUUCAUAUCAUUACAAACGUUACCACCAAUAAGAGUUCGACUCUGUUCUUUACAAUAGAGGAAGAUUAUUACAGAUCCUCUCAAGUGCAUCUACUCCUCUCAUACGUACC